GCUGAAUGGGUUCUGCUGCCCCUCCCCUUCGUUCUGUAUCCCGCCGGGGCGGGGACCCAGGGAGCCGCCGACCAGCCCAAGGCCAGAGGGGCUCCAGGAAGACCCUGGUGAGGAGGGCUGGUCUGUGGGUGUGAAUGGAUGGGCCAGGGCACGCGGGUGGGGCAGAGAGGGAAGCAGUAAAAGUGAAUAGAGAAGGGGUGGGUGGUGGUUGGAAGAUGGAGACGAGCGCGGAGUGAAUGGGCUGAUACCACUGUAGCGAGCUGGGUGAGGGCUUACCAAGGCUGCACUGCAGACCAGCGGAGACCGUGAGGGGCAGCCUGCAGAUGCAGUUGACAUGGUGACAGCUGCUCCCUCCUCCGUCUCCAGCCCCCGCCCCUUUCCUGCAUUGACUAGCCAAGCCGCGCGUUGCUCCCCAUCACUUCAUUUCAGAGCACCUGGGCGAGGUCCCCUUUGGCUCUUUCCUCUGGGAGUAAGGGGUAGGCUAGAGGGCAGAGCCAGAUUGCUGCAGAAAGGAUCCGGGGUCUGUUCCAGGCCCUCAUCCUCUUCCAACCUCGGCACCCCCACGGAGAUUCAGAGCGCAGCCGCAUUCUCUGACCCGCCCUUCUCUAUUCCCGGGGGUUUACAUUCGACUCCACCUGCAAACACUGCAGUGGAAACUAAUGGCCAGUCGAUGGCGAUUUGCAUCUUAUUUAAAUAUCUCCCAAAGCAUCCUGAGCCUUCCCGGGUCUGCCCAGACCGUCAGUCACCUCGGUGUCCUUCCCGUGGUCCGCGCCCUCACUGGCUGGGUUUCACCUCUGUCUUCUAGGUCUGCACCUGCGUUUCCAGGUAGGUGGAUUGAGAGGCGUGAUCCUCCUGGUUCUCUGGAGGCCAUUCCGUCGCCAUUGGCACCAUGCUGUCCCCUCAAAGGGCUUUACUCUGCAACCUCAACCACAUCCACCUCCAGCACGUCUCCCUAGGCCUGCACUUGUCCCGCCGUCCCGAGCUACGGGAGGGGCCUCUGAGCACGUCUCCUCCCCCAGGAGACACAGGCGGCAAGGAGAGCAGGGGCCCCUGCAGCGGGACCCUGGUGGACGCCAACUCCAACAGCCCAGCUGUGCCCUGCCGAUGCUGCCAGGAGCACGGGUCAAGCCUAGAAAACAGGCAGGACCCCUCGCAGGAGGAGGAAGUAGCUGCCUCUCCCUCGGACCCGGGCUGCUCCUCCUCUCUCAGUUCCUGUUCAGAUCUUACCCCCGAUGAAUCCCCCGUCUCAGUCUAUUCUCGGGACCUGCCUGGCGAUGAGGAUGCCCACCCUCAGCCCAGCAUCAUCCCCCUGGAUCAGGGCUCCCCACUGGCUUCAGCAGGCCCUGGCACCUGCUCCCCGGACAGCUUCUGCUGCUCUCCUGAUUCCUGCUCCGGAGCUUCUUCCCCGCCCGGCCCUGGCUUGGACUCGAACUGCAAUGCCCUGACCUCCUGCCAGGACCUCCCUUCCCCCAGCCUGGAGGAAGAGGAAGAGAGUGGGGAGCAGGACCUCCCUACCUCCGAGCUCUCAGAGGUAGAGGACGGGAAAAUCGACGCUGGGAAAACAGAGCCUAGUUGGAAAAUUAACCCCAUUUGGAAAAUUGACACAGAGAAAACUGAAGCCGGAUGGAAAAUCACUGAGAACAAUAACUCUGGUAGGAAAAUCAACGGAAAUACUAACUCUAGCUGGAAAACUGAACCUGGGAAAUUCGACUACUCUUGUUGGAAUACCAACACAGGAAUAACUGAUUCUGGCUCAAAAACAGAUGCAGGGAAAAUUGAUGGGGGAUGGAGGAGUGACGUCAGCGAGGAGCCGGUGCCCCAUCGGACAAUCACGUCCUUCCAUGAGCUGGCUCAGAAGCGCAAGCGGGGCCCAGGGCUGCCCCUCGUGCCACAGGCCAAGAAAGAUCGAAGCGACUGGCUCAUCGUCUUCUCCCCUGACACGGAGCUCCCCCCAACCGGGUCGCUGGGCGGCUCCUUGGCACCUCCCCGGGAAGUCACCACCUUCAAGGAACUCCGGUCCCGAAGCCGGGCACCACCCCCGCCAGUCCCACCUCGAGACCCUCCAGCUGGGUGGGCCUUGGUCCCGCCUCGACCUCCUCCCCCACCUGUCCCUCCCCGGAGGAAGAAGAAUCGACUUGGGCUGCAGCCUAUAGCGGAGGGGCAGCCUGAGGAGAGCAGGGCAGUCAGCCCCACGGCUGCUGAGGACGCCCCUGCCGCCAAGGAACCAGAGGAGCCGGGCGCGCAAGCCGGCGUCGAGGCCGGUCCCCUCCUGCUCCCUCAGCCCCUGGUUUUCCGGUUCUCUGCCGACGGGCGCCCCCUGUUGGAGGGUGGGGGCGCGGGCGCAGCUGGGUCCCUGCUACUGGCGCCUCUGGCCGGGUGGCCCAGCACCGGGCUGAGGCUGUUGGGGGCGCCGAGUCCCCCGGAGGAGCAGCUGCUGCCUGUCCGCCUGUCCCCAGUGGGGGCCUAUUCGCCUCCGACUAGGGGGGCCCUGCCCUGCCUGGCCAGUCCCGAGCUGGCACUGCUGCUGUCCCCGCUCUUUCCCAGAAGUAGCACCUUUCCCGCCGCGGCUCCCCCGCCCCGCCAGGUACCCGCCCCCCCGCUGCCACCGCCACCUCGUCCGCCGAAGGCCCCUCGCUGGACCAGGAGCCCACCGCCUCCGCCCAGGCUACUUCGUAGUUCCUGGUCGUUCGCUGGUGUUCCCGGGGUCCAGCGGCUGUGGAUGGCAGAAGCCCAGAGUGGGACUGGCCAACUGCAGGAGCAGAAAAAAGGUCUCCUGAUAGCUGUCAGCGCCUCAGUGGAUAAAAUCAUCUCCCACUUUGGGGCUGCCCGGAACUUGGUUCAGAAGGCCCAGUUGGGGGAUAGUCGGCUGAGCCCCGAUGUGGGGCACCUGGUGCUGACCACCCUCUGCCCGGCUCUCCACACCCUGGUGGCUGACGGGCUGAAGCCUUUCCGGAAGGACCUCAUCACUGGGCAGCGCAGGAGCAGCCCCUGGAGCGUGGUGGAGGCAUCUGUGAAGCCAGGCUCCAGCACCCAUUCUCUGGGAUCCCUGUACAGCCAGGUCAGCCGUCUGGCCCCACUGAGCAGCAGUCGCAGCCGCUUCCAUGCUUUCAUCCUGGGCCUUCUCAACACCAAGCAGUUGGAGCUGUGGUUUUCCAGUCUCCAGGAAGAUGCAGGCCUGCUGUCCCUCCUGUAUCUGCCCACGGGAUUCUUCUCCCUGGCACGAGGUGGCUGCCCGUCCCUGUCAACAGAGUUGCUGCUCCUGCUGCAGCCAUUGUCGGUGCUCACCUUCCACCUGGACCUGCUCUUUGAGCACCACCACCACCUGCCCCUGGGCCCAGCUCAGGCCCCUGCCCCUCCAGGACCCCCUCCAGCCCUGCAGCAGACUGUACAGGCAAUGCUGCACUGGGGGGAACGGCUGGCCCAGAGUCUCCGGGGGACUUCUGGAGAGACUGUUCCCAACCCUUCCUCUCCCCCAAGUUCCUCCCCAUCAGGCAGCUGGUGGGAACAGCUGACACAGGCCUCCCGGGUCUAUGCCUCUGGGAGCACUGAGGGCUUCCCUCUUCCUCGGUGGGGACCCAGGCAUCAUGGAACUGCAGCUGAGGGUGCGCAGGAGAGAUCCCUGCCUGCAGAGCAAGCAGCACCUGGCAGAGGCGUAUGGUUCGGGAGACUGUUUGGUGUUCCUGGGGGCCCCACAGAAACUGAGAGUGGAGCCUUCAAGUCCAGGAGACCAUCUAGUUGGCUGCCCCCAACAAUGAGUGUGUUGGCUCUGGUGAGGCGGGGUACACCUUCUGAGACUCCUUCUGAGGAACUUGUGGUCUCCACAGCCAGCAUGGUGGAAGCCCACAGGGCGGUUCGGGCUCUUUGUGACCACUCUGCUGCAGGACCUGACCAGUUGAGCUUCCGGCGUGGGGAAGUGCUACGUGUCAUCACCACAGUGGAUGAGGACUGGCUCCGCUGUGGGCGGGAUGGUGUGGAGGGGCUGGUGCCUGUGGGGUACACCUCCCUGGUUCUCUAGCCCCAGGACCCUUUCCUGUUUGUCUCCCUCCUGUCACCUGGGAAUGGAAAGGCCCACGAACACUAAUCCAUGUAAACUGAUUAUCCCAGAAGCAUCUUUCCUGUCUGCAAAAUGACAUUUUUUCCCACAUCCAUUUCUUAUAUUUAAAAUAAACUGUCCUCCCCUUCAUGCCCAUCUUUAAGGUGAAAUCUGCUCUUCCAAAUAUACUGAAAAUGAAUUCCCCUCCGUGCAACCCCUUCCUUUCCUCUUUCCCAUCUGUAUAAGGGAACGUGUCCUAUCUGCAAAAUAGAAUCUAGCCCUGUCCUACCCUCAUUCCUAAGUGGACUGUGCCAGCACAGUACAUGCCUGGCCCCAACCUAGGAGGCCCGUAGUCUCCUUGCUGCGUACGGACGCUUUCCUCCCUCCCCAUCCUUCUUUGCCUGUAAUUUAUGACUUACUCACGCUGCGCUGGCUGUCGUUGAAGCCUCAACACCCCUGGUGGGUGGGCCUGUGGUAUUGGUCUGCCUCUUUCCUUUGUCCAAUAAAGUGUGGGAGUAGAAUGUG